CUUGAACAGUUCUUCUCCUCGCUCCCCGCUCCCAUUCCACUCUCCGUUCACUCUUACAUCUAAUGACAUCGUCGUCAUCACUAAGUCUCGCGAAGAAACUGUGUCGCCCGCCCUUUCCCGGAGGCUGGUCGUCAAUCCCCAUGAGCCCGAGCAAUCUCACCCUGGCCAACACUCUGCCAGUGGGCCAAUCCUUCCUUUGGCACCGACAUCAGCUGCCCGAUCAGACGGAAGAGUACUCGCGAGCGGUGGACAACCCUCCACGCGUCGUUUGUCUUAGGCAAUCACUUAACGCACUGUACUUCACAGCUGUGCAUCCGACUGUCGAAGCAUCCGAGGCGGACCGUGCUGCUGGGUUAACUCGCUCAUGGCUCGAAGACUAUUUCCAACUCACACGCUAUCCAGACCUCGAGGCACUGUACGCGGACUGGCGCAUACGCGAUCCCAACUUCUUUGGCAAAGUGGAUUUGGGCGAGCGGGCUGUCGGCGUUCGCGUCCUGCGACAAGAUCCUUGGGAGACACUCAUCGCAUUCAUCACCUCGACAAACAACCACAUUCCGCGCAUCACUUCACUCAUGCACCGUUUGUGUGAGCGAUUCUCCCCCCCUCUUCUCGCGCUCGACAGCCCAGCCGGGGAGGAAAAGGUCGUCUAUCGUCUCUUUCCCCAGCCCUCCGCAUUCCCGGAGGAGGGCUUGGAAUUGAUCCUGCGUGAGCUGGGGUUCGGGUACCGUGCAGGCUUUUUGGACGCCACACUGGCCGUUUUGCGUGCAGAGGGACCCGUAAUCGAGACGCUCGAAGCUUUGCGUGGCGGUGACCUCGCCACGACGAGGGAACGGCUUGUUCGCCUCAAGGGAAUUGGGAAGAAGGUCGCUGACUGCAUAGGCCUCAUGUGCAUGGAUCAGCCCUCCCUCAUUCCGGUCGACACGCACAUCUAUGCGAUCGCGGCGCGGCAUCCGUCCUUCCCUUCUCAUCUGCGAAAAAAGACUAUGAGCCCAGUGCUGUACGAUGACAUCCAGUCCUUUUUGGCUGAGCAGUGGGGACCACUAGGUGGUUGGUGCCAGGCCGUGGUGUUCGCAGCGGACCUCAAGCCUGCAGCGCCGAAGGUCUCUCGCUCCGCGACGCCCAUUAAGUCUUCGGCGACGCCGACGCCAAAGAAGAGGAGAUCGCCGUCAGAAGACAAGCCAUCGCUUCUUGCGGCGUCGCAGCUGGUAAAACUUGAGACCAGCAUCGAUGUCUCAGAAAGCGAUAAACGCACGGUUGCCGAGUUGGAAGAGAAGCUUGAAGUGGUGACGCAGCCGGAGCGGAAGAGGCCGAGGAGAAAGGUUGCGGCUGUAUCAUACAAAGUCAAGUAGAGAAGCAUUGUAGCAUACAUGUUGUCUGUUGUGGAAGUCAUUGAGG